AGUGGCGAUUGGUGAAUUCUCCUAUGAAUGUCAGUAUGUACACACAACAAAACAAGAAACUCCACCAUAUAUUUAUGUUAGUUCCAGAAUAAGAACGGGGGAAGAAGAGAGGGAGAGAGAGAGGAUCAGAUAAGCAUGGAGGAAGAGAAGAAGAGGAACGGGAUAGUUUCGGUUGAACCAAAACCGAGCAAUGGUUUCACGUCAAAAGUGAUAGACUUGUUGGAGAAGCUUAUAGUGAAGUUGAUGUAUGACACUUCACUCCCACAUCACUACCUCACUGGUAAUUUCGCACCUCUUCCCGAUGAAACCCCUCCGACUAAGGAUCUUCCACUCACCGGCCACCUCCCGGAUUGCUUGAAUGGUGAGUUUGUCAGGGUUGGACCUAAUCCGAAGUUUUCUCCUGUGGCCGGAUAUCACUGGUUUGAUGGAGAUGGAAUGAUUCAUGGUUUGCGUAUCAAAGAUGGAAAAGCAACAUAUGUUUCUCGUUAUGUGAAAACUUCUCGUCUUAAACAGGAAGAGUACUUUGGAGGCGCCAAAUUUAUGAAGAUUGGAGAUCUCAAGGGUCUGUUUGGACUGUUGAUGGUUAACAUGCAAAUAUUGAGAGCUAAAUUGAAAGUACUUGAUCUGUCUUUUGGGAAUGGAACAGCCAAUACAGCUCUUAUAUAUCAUCACGGAAAGCUUCUAGCUCUCUCAGAAGCUGAUAAACCCUAUGCUAUUAAAGUUUUUGAAGAUGGUGAUUUGCAGACACUUGGUUUGUUAGAUUAUGACAAGAGAUUGGGCCAUUCUUUCACAGCUCAUCCAAAAGUUGACCCAUUUACUGGCGAGAUGUUCACAUUUGGCUAUUCACAUACACCACCAUAUAUUACGUACAGAGUUAUUUCAAAGGAUGGUUUUAUGCAUGAUCCUGUACCCAUAACAAUAGCAGAGCCUAUCAUGAUGCAUGACUUUGCCAUCACAGAAAAUUAUGCAAUAUUUAUGGAUCUUCCUCUGUAUUUUAGGCCAAAGGAAAUGGUAAAGAAUAAGACAUUGAUAUUCACAUUUGAUUCGACCAAGAAAGCUCGAUUUGGGGUCCUACCUCGGUAUGCUAAGGAUGAGAAGCAUAUUAGGUGGUUCGAGCUUCCAAACUGCUUCAUAUUCCACAAUGCUAAUGCAUGGGAGGAGGAGGAUGAAGUUGUUUUGAUCACAUGCCGCCUUGAGAAUCCAGAUCUGGACAUGGUCAGCGGAACUGUCAAGGAAAAGCUUGAAAAUUUCUCAAAUGAACUGUAUGAAAUGCGAUUUAACAUGAAAUCUGGCGAAGCUUCUCAAAAGAAACUAUCUGCAUCUGCUGUUGAUUUUCCUAGGGUGAAUGAAAGCUACACUGGCAGGAAGCAACGAUAUGUAUAUGGAACCACAUUAGACAGCAUUGCAAAAGUUACUGGAAUUAUUAAAUUUGAUUUGCAUGCCGAACCGGACUCUGGAAAAACAAAGCUUGAAGUCGGAGGAAAUGUUCAGGGUCUCUACGACUUGGGACCCGGGAGGUUUGGUUCCGAGGCUAUUUUUGUCCCACGUAUUCCUGGGACAACCUCUGAAGAAGAUGAUGGAUACUUGAUCUGUUUUGUACAUGAUGAGAAUACUGGAAAAUCGUUCGUGCAUGUCAUCGAUGCUAAAACAAUGUCAGCAGAUCCUGUUGCUGUUGUUGAGCUGCCGCAUAGAGUUCCUUAUGGUUUCCACGCCUUCUUUGUGACAGAGGACCAACUGCAAGAACAGGCGUAACUUUGAUUAGUGUUGACAGCUUCACUAUGUACUAUCUCAUAAUGUAUAGGCAAGUAUCUGCUAUAUACUAUGUAUCCAGUGUUAUGUUGAAACAACCUAUUUUAUACCAGUACACUAUCAUAAAUAAAUUAAUAAAGAAAUUUUCCAUCUUAACACAUAA